AUGCAAAUGGAGACUGUCCCUUACUCAAAUGUGAUAGGAUCAGUAAUGUAUGCAAUGAUUAGCACCAGACCAGAUUUAGCCUUUGCAAUAUCCUUGUUGAGUAGGUACAUGUCAAAUCCAGGAAGUGAUCACUGGAUUGCUCUGAAAUGGGUACUCAGAUACAUAAACAGUACUGCAUGUAUAGGUUUAGAAUAUUGCAAAAGAACAUCUACACUUGAUCUUGUGGGGUUUGUAGAUUCAGACUUUGCAGGUGACAGGGAUAACAAGAAGUCAACCACAACACAUCGUUUCACUCUUGGAGGGAAUUGCAUCAGCUGGAAAUCACAACUCCAACCUCCGGUUGCUUUAUCAUCAACUGAAGCAGAAUAUGUGGCCCUGGCAGAUGGUUUCAAGGAAGCUAUAUGGAUGCAAGGAUUACUGACAAAAACUGAGCUGACUGAUAGCAAAGUGACUAUCUUCUCUGAUGGUCAAAGUGCUAUACUAUUAAGCAAGAAUCCUAUAUAUCAUGAAAGAACAAAACAUGUGGACGUAAGGUUUCACUUCAUCAGAGACCUAAUCACCAAAGAGCUGAUUGAGCUAAGAAAGGUUCCCACUGAAGAAAAUCCAGCAGACAUAGGAACAAAGAUUGUCACUCCAGCCAAGUUCAAGCAUUGCAUGAACUUGCUAUUUCUUAAGUAA